GGGCACGUGACUGCCCUGGGGCACGUGACGCGGGCCGGGAGAGCGGCGGAGCGGGAGCGGAGCGGUGCAGCCAUGGUGUCCGGAAAGCAGCUGGCAGACUUUGGCUACAAGGCCUUCUCGGGCUCCAUGAUGCUGCUGACGGUGUACGCCGGCUACCUGUGCAGUGUGCGUGUGCAGAGGAUGCUGCAGCAGCGCCGCCAGCGGGAGAGCACGCCUGGGGCUCAGAGCUGAGCCUGUCCUGGGGCUGGGGCUGAGAGCUCAGCCUGUGCUGGGGCUGGGGCUGAGCCUGUCCUGGG